GGACUCUGUUCAAAGUUCAAACCAAAUUUCAACAGGAAUCCAACGGCUGAUAGCGAAACAAUGGAUUCCUUAAGCUCUCUUACCUUCUUCUGAGAUCCCGGCAGAAUAUCGGGCCCCUUCUGCGGUGGUCUACUUAUCCACACCCAAAACCACCAAACGCCGCCUUUUUUUUCCGGUGGGUGGCUUCUUGAGUUCUUUGACCUUCGAAAGCCUGACCCCAAAAUAUCACCAACUACUCUUCUGCCUAUUUAUAACCGAGAGGCUCAGCCCCCCAACUACAACUAGGCAGCUGAGAAAGAUGGAGAUUGAAGGGAAGAGUGCUGACGCGGAAGUCGCUGCAAAAUAUUUUUCAGAAGAUGGCGAGGAGUGUAAAAGAACUGGGACUUUGUGGACAUGCAUCGCUCACAUAGUCACUGCGGUGAUCGGCGCUGGGGUGCUGUCACUGCCAUGGAGCGUAGCCCAGCUUGGUUGGAUCGGAGGCCCUUUAGUCAUGGUGAUCUUCGCGUUCAUCACGUAUAUAUCUGUUCAUCUGCUUUCAGAUUGUUACAGAUCUCCCGACUCUGUCACUGGCAAAAGAAACCGAACCUACAUGGACGCCGUGCGCGUAAACUUAGGGAAGAACCAGAUAUGGGCAUGUGGGCUACUGCAAUAUCUAUAUAUGUAUGGGAUUGCUGUAGCCUACGUCCUUACUUCUGCAGUGAGCAUGAGGGCUAUACGGAAAUCAAAUUGUUAUCACUCGAAUGGGCACAAUGCUGAUUGCCAGUUUGGGAACACUUUCUACAUGAUCUUGUUUGGGGUGAUUCAGAUAUUAUGCUCCCUCAUCCCAGAUUUUAACAACAUGAGUUGGCUUUCUGCUGUCGCUGCAAUCAUGUCUGGCUUCUAUUCUACAAUAGGAUUAGGCCUUGGAAUUGCUAGAGUAGUGGAUAAUAAAAGAAUUUAUGGGAAUAUUAGAGGAGUGCAAACGGCUACCACAGCGCAGAAAGUGUGGAGGGUCUCUCAAGCAAUUGGUGACAUAGCUUUCUCUUUCCCUUACUCUUUCAUCCUCCUAGAGAUUCAGGAUACCCUGAGGUCCAAGCCUCCGGAGAACUUAAUAGUGAAGAGAGCAUCGGUUGUCUCCAUUUCCAUAACAGCAUUGUUCUAUCUUUCUUGUGGCUGCUUCGGUUAUGCAGCUUUUGGGGACGACGCACCUGGAAACAUUCUCACUGGAUUUGGAUUCUAUGAGCCGUAUUGGCUCGUUGACUUUGGAAAUGCCUGCAUCGUGUUGCAUCUUGUUGGUGGUUACCAGGUAUUCAGUCAACCGGUGUUUGCGUUUUUUGAAGGAUUAAUAGAAAGAGUUCUUCCCAAAAGCAUGACGUUCCUAAAGAAGAACUACAGUAUGUGCCUCCCGUGUCUGCCGGUUUACCAUUUGAAUCCAAUCAGGCUGGUCUUUAGAACCCUGUAUGUGAUCUCUACAGUUGCACUUGCUAUGUACUUUCCCUACUUUAACCAAGUGUUGGGCAUCUUAGGUGCCCUUAACUUCUGGCCUCUGGCCAUAUAUUUUCCAAUAGAGAUGUACAUGGGGCAGAAAAGGGUGAGAUCAUGGAGUACCAAGUGGGUGGCCUUUGAGGUGUUCAGCAUCUUCUGUCUUCUCAUUUCAUUGUUUGCGCUGAUUGGCUCGGUUGAAGGACUUGUAAGAGCCAAACUUGGUUGGGCUUCAUGAUGUGAAAUCUUAGUGUAAUUAUUUCAAAUAAAUGUUAAUAAAGUCAUUUUUCAAAUA